AUGUGUCUUCUUCAAAAAUUACAUUUUGUUAUAUCAAUAAUGCAGAUGAUAAUGAAGGAUUAUUUUCAAAUUUGCAUUCUCCUAUUAACUCUGUUUACAAGCAAAAUCGAUGGCAAUUUUCGAUUUGCGAACUAUUAUCAAAAUCAUAUGGUUCUUCAACGUGCUCCACAAAAGGCAAUCGUAUGGGGUUAUGGUGAUGGUCAAAAUGUAUCGAUUAUUUUGAAGAUAAAUAAGAAGAUUUAUCAUACGAAGAGCUAUUUAUCAUCAAUCUAUUCAUCAGAUGAAAGUAUCUGGUCGGUAACACUCGAUGCUGAAAGUGAAGAAGGUCCAUUUGAACUUGUUGCUACACAAACAUUCUUGAACGGAUCACGAAUAUCGAUUAGGCUCCAUGAUGUUCUUUUCGGAGAUGUUUGGUUAUGUUCUGGUCAAUCGAAUAUGGCAAUGGCUGUGCAAAGAAUUUUUAAUGGUUCAAUUGAGAUUGAAAAUGCUGGAAAAUAUCCAAAAGUGAGAUUAUUUACAGCAUCAAGGCAGCAAUCAGGAAAACCUGAAGAAGAGCUUUUGGAUAUUGCACUCAAUUGGUCGAUUGCAUCGCCAAAAAGUGUUGGUAGUGUUUAUGCAUCAGCAGUAUGUUGGCUCUAUGGUCGAAUGAUUCACAUAGGACUUGACGAUAAACGACCAAUUGGUCUUAUUCAUACAUCUUGGGGUGGUACAGCAAUUGAAUUAUGGUCACCACCUCAAGUACUUAAAGACUGUGAUGUUUUAAUAGAUAAGCAAAUAGAACUUGAAUAUAGUGAUGAAACAGACUUUAAACCUGAUAUAGUAUUGAAUAAUUCAGUUUUAUAUAAUGCAAUGAUCUAUCCAUUUACACGUAUGGUUAUUAAAGGAGUGAUUUGGUAUCAAGGUGAAGCUAAUGUUAAUCACAAUCGCGAUAAAUAUCAGUGUACAUUUCUUAAAAUGAUUCAAUACUGGCGACACAUAUGGCAAAAUCGUACGUACUUCAUUACUGAUCCGGCAUUUCCAUUUGGUUUGGUUCAAUUAUCAACGAGAGAGAAAACAGGCAAAAUUAUAGGUGGAUUUCCUUGGAUUCGAUGGCAUCAAACCUUUGACAUAGGAUAUACCCCUAACAAUGCUACACCUAAUGUAUUUAUGGCAACAACUAUGGAUUUACGAGACGAUGGGGGAGGUAUUCAUCCUCGAACAAAACUUGAUGUCGGAUAUCGUCUAUCUCGGUCUGGUCUUGCCAUUGCUUAUGAUCAAAAAAAUGUCAAUUAUCAAGGACCAAUUGUAAACGAAAUAGCAAGAGAUAGUGAUGCUCGAAUAUGUUGUCAAGAAAAACAAAUAUGUAUGUCAAAUGAAACAGCUUGGAUAGCUGCACCAGCAAAUUAUGCUGUAAAAUCACCUAUCACCGUCAAACUUACAGUACCAAUAAUAUGCCGAUCUAAAUCAGUACAUGGUGUUCGCUACUUAUGGAAAGAAACACCGUGUCCAUUUAAACAGGCUGCUGUCUAUAGUACAGCUGAUUCGAAUUUACCCGCUCCACCUUUUAUUCAAUUUUUUUAA